AUACAGCAUGUGAACUUAAAAGCCAUUCCAGAGUGGGUGAAAAACUGCCUAAUCUUAAAUGCACAGUGGACAAUUGGAAAACUGCACUGUCCAUUUUGUGAGGCCUGCUAAGGGGACAGAAAAUGUUCCUGUGGAGAACUAGUAAGUAUACAUUUCUGCAGAAGUCAGACUGAUGGUCAGCUAGCUUUCUUCAUUAAACUGGCAAAAUCAUCAGGAAAACACUCCUCUCUCCUCAAAAUUCAGUCUUUUUUUUGCAAGGAUACCUGCCAAGAAGUCAUACCUGCGAAUUUGAAAAUCAAAAAUCAAGGGCUUUUGUACAUGGCCAGAAAUAAUAAUGGUACUAGAAGAUUAACAGAAGCACUUUGUCUAGAAGUAAGAACUCCCAGAUUUGAGAUGAAAAGCAAAAAACUUCCCUCAAAGGUAUUGAAUCUGAAAAGAAGUCUCUCUGCUUCUUAUCCUAUGAAUGAUGCAUGUGCAGUGAAACCUUUUCACAGAAGAGCACAUAGUUUGGAUUUGAAUAUCAGAGAGAGACUAGUUUUCUCACCUGUGUUAUAUGAAACUUGCAGUAUGGGAACAAUAUACCAUGGCAAAAAUGAAAAUUCACCUGUUCACGCACAACAUAGCUUGCAGUUAGUGUUCAGUAGGACAAAUAGUAGUUCUCUUCAGGACCUAUAUGCUGACAAACUACAAAAAAGGUGUCAAGUUACUUCAUUUACCACAUUGCUACAUAGAGAAACAGAAAGUGAGUGUGAUUUUAAAGAUACUGGACAGUCUUCUGAAAGUGCCAUUGCUGAUGGCUCACCUUUUGUGAUGAACCUUUCUUCACCUAAAAGUGCUGUACAAGAGGAGUAUAUCCCACCUGUUGGUCUUGUUCAGCCUGUGAGUAUUUCCUUCAACCAGAAGCUGAACAAGAGAGAAAGAAACCAGUUGAAAAGCUUGAGGAGAAAACAAAGAAGGGGAGAACGGUUGCUACAGAAGCAAACUGCAAAUGAUAACCUGCAUACAGAUGAUGAACAUGAACUUAGAGGAGACAAAGAAAGCUAUCUCUGUGCAGUGUGCCUGGAUGUUUAUUUCAAUCCUUACAGGUGCUAUCCAUGCCACCACAUCUUUUGUGAACCUUGCCUCAGGAUGCUUGCCAAAGACAAUCCAGCCAGCACUCCAUGUCCACUGUGUCGCACUACAAUUUCUAGAGUCUUUUUCCAAACAGAACUAAACAACUCUACCAAAUCUAUUUUCCCUACGGAAUAUCUGAAGUUAAAAGAAAAUUUUCAAAAAUCAAAUUCUGCAAAAUGGCCUCUACCAAGCUGCAAGAAAUCCUUGAGAGUGUUUGAAGAUUUUCAAAGACGUUCAGAUACUGUAACACGGAGGCACUUCCCACAUGCUGCUCACAGGAUGGACUACAUGGACUUUGAGGAUGACAGCCGUGGAUGGUUCUUUGAUAUGGACAUGAUGAUAAUCUACAUUUAUUCAGUCAACUGGGUAAUAGGAUUUAUUGUAUUCUGUUUUCUUUGUUAUUUCUUUUUCCCUUUUUAG